GCUGACGUAUUUUCGUAACAUAUUUUUCAAAGAAAAAAAUCCCUCAUAGAUUGAUUUCGAGUUGAAGUAUUUCUUUUCAUCUGUGGCUCUUACGCAAAUAAGUUAUUUUUUGACAGACGGCUACGUAUUUAUAAUGCUUGUAAUUAAUUAUUUUAUGACAAAACAUUCGGUGUAAAUUAGGUUUAAUUAAACCCAUGGAUCAUCAACACAACUCGGAUGCUAUAAAAGGCGCGAAUGAAAUUAAUCUAAAUACGAUACCAUCUGUUCCGUUACCGACGUAGACGACAAAAACGAAAUGGGAGAUAUGGAAACAGAUCAGGAAUUUAACGUUUCUAGUGUACCAUUUUCUCAUUAUAAGGAUACUGAUACUAACAAAGAUGGUCAAACUGACAUGGAAUCAAAUGAUAUAAAGAGCCUCCCUGGAUUAUUGAAAUCAGGAAUUAAAUCAGUGGACACUCAAAGUGAAGGUGAUCUGCCAGGAAGUAGGAAAGUUUCUUUCUAUAGUGACGUCGGAAGUCAUAGUCAACCUAACAGUCGGAAAGUUUCACAAAACGUCGACGCUGGCGGAUUUAUACAACAGGGACAAUAUUUACACCCUCUAUAUACUGGAAUUCCCCUCGCUCCUAAUUACAGAAGGAUAUCAUCGCAGCCGUUCUCUUAUCAUGGCGGAGAGUUUCCACCCAGCAGAAAAACAUCAGCGGAAGUUUUUUAUUACCCACAAGCUCAAUACUUGCCAAGACCGUCACAGCACGGAAAAGUAUCUGUGUUCUCAAUUGGGAAUUCCUCAGAUACAGGAACUAUAGGUGCCGAUGCUGAAGAACGUAUUCCACAGUUAGACCAUUACAGAGUGAGCGUGUUUGACAACCAAAGGCCAACCUUAUAUCAACUCCGUGAAGAUGAAAUUAGAGCAAACGAGCAGUUUUCACCGACGGGGCCGCCGACAGAAUUGUUUUCCGACGAACUGUAUGACGAUGCUGAAGAAGGGGGAGGGAAAAAUGAGUCUGUUACAGUCAGUGGUCUCAAGUUUGGAUGGAUUCAGGGCGUUCUGGUUCGAUGUCUUCUGAACAUAUUUGGUGUAAUGUUGUUUUUGAGGUUGUCAUGGGUGACAGGUCAGUCAGGUAUUGGACUAGCAACUGUCAUUAUUGCUUUGUCCGGUGUAGUUACCUCUAUAACUACAAUGUCAAUGUCCGCAAUCUGUACCAACGGAGAGGUAAAGGGAGGUGGGGCGUACUAUAUGAUAUCACGGAGUUUAGGACCAGAGUUUGGUGGUUCCAUUGGUGUGGUGUUCGCACUAGCAAACGCUAUUGCUGCUGCUAUGUACAUUGUUGGAUUUGCAGAAACUGUCAGGGACAUAAUGUGGGAGAACGAUGCGUACAUCACGGGAAAUAGUAUUAAUGAAGUUAGAAUCAUCGGACUGGCCACGUGUUGUUUGUGUCUGGGCAUCGUACUGAUUGGCAUGGAAUGGGAAGCGAAGGCACAGCUUGUCUUACUGGCUAUUUUGAGUCUUGCAGUAAUCAAUUUCUUUGUCGGCACUUUUAUACCUCCUGACGAUGAGAAGAAAUGGAAAGGUGUUGUAGGAUAUAAUGAUGAAACUUUUUCAACGAACUUUGUUCCUCAUUUCACCGACGGCAACAGCUUCUUCUCCGUGUUUGCGAUAUUUUUCCCGGCGGCUACCGGCGUCCUAGCUGGUGCCAACAUUUCUGGAGACCUUAAGAACCCACAAACUGCGAUUCCAAAAGGCACAUUCCUCGCCAUAUUGAUGACGUCACUCGUAUAUAUAGCUAUGGUAUGGGCCAUCGGUGGAUGUAUAGUUUUGACGGCGGUUGGCGAGAUUCUGACACCGGGAAUGUUUAUGGAUCCUGUAACCAACGCAACCAUUACCCCGACUUUGGAUAUAGUACAAAACUGUGCGGCAUUCAAUCAGUCCUGUGAAUCUGGGCUUCUUGUAGAUAAUGGAAUGGUCGGCAUAGCGUCUGCAUGGAGGCCACUUAUUUUGGCGGGAAUAUUUUCUGCAACAUUAUCGUCUGCUUUAGCAAGUAUGGUCGGAGCUCCAAAGGUGUUCCAGGCGUUGGCGAAAGACAAACUUUUCCCAUAUAUUCACGUUUUUGCAAAGGGUUACGGGCCAAGUGGGGAACCAAAGCGAGCGUAUUUUCUAUGUUUUGCUAUUUGUUUGGCAAUGGUUUGUGUGGGCUCUCUCGACCUUAUUGCACCGAUUAUUUCCAACUUCUUCUUGAUGGCAUAUGCGAUGAUCAACUUUUCAUGCUUCGAUGCGUCAAUGGCCAAUUCACCAGGGUUUAGGCCGGGCUUCAAGUACUACAGCAAAUGGUUAAGUCUUAUUGGAUCCCUGCUCUGCAUUGCCGUAAUGUUUCUGAUCAACUGGUGGGCGGCGCUGGUCACGUUUUUGAUUGUUGCUGGCUUAUACUUUUACGUCUUUCGGACAAAGCCAGAGGUAAACUGGGGCUCAUCGACCCAGGCAAACGCAUACAAAGAUGCCCUAAGAUCAACGUUAAAAUUGAUCAACGUUGAUGACCACGUGAAGAAUUAUCGUCCUCAGUUACUCGUGCUGUCAGGGUAUCCAAGGAACCGGGCAAAUCUCGUGGACUUUGCGUCAUCGAUCACAAAGAAACAAAGUCUUCUGGUUUGUGGUCACGUGUUCCAGGGUGACUUUGAAGAACACAUGACAAGGGUACGAUCCAUGUCCGCGUACAGAUGGUUUGAGAACAAAAAGAUCAAGGCAUUUUAUAACAGCGUGUGUGCACCAACAUUUAGAAUAGGCGUCCAGGUUCUUCUACAGGCUGUUGGUGUGGGGAAAUUACGGCCAAAUACAUUACUACUUGGUUACAAGAACGACUGGCAAAAGACCGAUCCUCUAGAAGUCCUUGACUACUUCAACGUCAUACAAGAUGCAUUUGAUUUGAAGUAUAGCGUAGGAAUUUUACGUUGUGAUGGCGGAUUUGACAGAAAUAAAGUUCCAGAUAAUAUUCUAGAUCUAGACAGUCCUGAAUUAUUUGAUUCUGAUGAAGAACCGGAAGACGAUGAUGAUGAAACUGUUGAGGAACCUGUAAAGGACGUACGUAAAGAAUCAAACAAUAUACCAAGCACUGUUGUUGAGAGAAAAAAUAGGAACAACAAAACUAACAACAUGCAUCUGAAACGGUUAAAUACAUUAGAGGAAGGAGUGGAAAAUGCCGCAUUUGAGGAAACACAGGUUACUGGAACUAAAUCUACAACUACUCCUUCCUUACUCUCACAAGAUGUGCCCGAAAAACCGCCGACAAAUUUCAAAGAUAAACAAUACGGAACCAUAGAUGUCUGGUGGCUUUACGACGACGGAGGUCUCACGCUUUUAUUGCCGUACAUUCUACACCAAAGAAAACAAUGGAAACAUGCUAAAUUACGCGUGUUUUGUCAAGGCACAAAGAAAGGGGACGUCACUGAGGACCGAACUAGAAUGGCCUCAUUGUUAGCUAAAUUCCGUAUUGAAUAUUCCGAGCUGACGGUCGUGACGGAAUUAAACAAGAAACCUCAACUCUCAACAUACAGAGAGUUUGAGAGUCUCGUGCAUCAAUGGCGUGUAAAACCUGGUGAAUUUCAGGAAGAAUUCCCGUGGAAAAUUGCAGAUACAGAUCUUAUUGAACAUAAACAAAAGACCUACCGACAUCUUCGUAUCCGUGAGAAACUUCUAGAGCAUUCGAGAGACGCUUCUCUUGUCGUCAUGACAUUGCCAGUCCCUCGGAAGACCUCUUGUCCGGCUGGUUUAUACAUGGGUUGGUUGGAGAUACUAACUAAAGGACUGCCACCUUCCCUUCUACUGAGAGGAAAUCAGGAAAGCGUCCUGACUUAUUAUUCCUAGUUCUUAAAGGGACCAUAUUUUCGGACACUAAAGUUGUUAGGUUAUACAUCAUAUAACUAACCAAGUGAUAUGUCGAUAGCAGUUUUUUUUUUGUUCUUUGUGUAUUCAUGUAUUUCGCCGACAAUAUGAUGUUUUACAAGUUAAGAUAUCGCACCAUAUGGAAAUAAAGAAAUUUUAAAGAAAUACAACAGACGAAACCAGCGUUCCUAACCAAUAACCAUUUCUAAUUAGCUUUAAAAUGCAAUUGACCUUUUAAAUUGACCUUUCAAUAUUUUUUGUGUUUAUCAUAUAAUACAGAUUAUCACGCGGCUGGUAUAUUGGAUGAAUUAUUGGUAACAGUUUCGCAUUACGUUCCAUGUUUUUAUUUUUUUCAUGGAUAUAAUAUUUCGGACAAGGUGUCAGUGAUACUGUUGAAGUUUGACACGCGACAAGAAAUAGACUAAUUAAAAAUAGAUAUAUAUCCCUACAUUUGAGUGUUUAUUAUUGUCUAAAUGUAACAUCCGUACAUAAUCACUGGAUGAAAUGUUGGCUUCAGUACUAGCAACCAAAUGUUCAUUCGAGAUAUCAUAUACAUGAAGUGUAGUGUAGAAAACAAGGGUAUGAAUUUAAGAUGAGAAACUGAUUGACAAAAACAUUUUAACGGCUGUCAGUCAUAACAAUUAAGUCAGCUUGGUAGAACAAAUUGUUAAGUAUGACAAUAUUUGAACUUUGAAAAAAAAGAGAAAAGAAAUACAAAUGCACCAAAAAAAGUUAUUUUAGAGAAUCAGACACUUUCCAUAUUUUAUACAGUUUAUAAGUUUCCUGCUUACUUUAUUUUGUUAUGUCUAAAAUAAUUUAUAUUUCUUCAUUUUCAUAAAUAUUUACUAAUUUCUUGUUAACAUAAUGGGAAAGCGUAUCACUAAUGAGUAUUUUUUCAGGUAAAAUUAUUGUAAAAAAUAAUUUACACAUCAAAAAAUGUAAUUUUAAAAUUUGAGUGAACUUAGCCGAUAUUUAAACAAUAUUGUAAAUUUAGAAUUAAUUCAAGAAUUCUUUUGACAGUGGUAGUUACGUAUUUUCACAGAUUAACAGGUUUUGAUAAAGGAUCAGUCUGUAUUUGUUUGCCAUUCUGACGUCGUCUCUAUUGACGUCAUUUGAUGCCGACAUACCUCCUGUUUAUUUUAUAACCUGAUGAAGGCUGGUUAGCCAAAAUGUUGGUAUAUUUAAGGGAACUUUAAGAAUUUGCAAUUGACUACUUAUUUUUCAUUAUUUGUUUAGAUUUAACUUCUAUAGCCAUAAAAAGGCCUACGAUUUUUUUUUCAAAUGCGAAAAAAGUAUGUAACUUAAAGAAACAUUAGUGAAUCAUGAUGACAAAAAAUCUAAAAAAAAAUCUGAUGAUGUCAAAUGGCUAGAAAUGUGCGAGGAGGUCUCUAAUUAAUCGCUGAUCAACAUUAUUAAUUCAUUUUCCAGUAAAAGGGAAACACGUUAACCAAAAUUUAACAAAAUACAUAACAGAUGGGUGUUUUAAAUCGGCCGCCACCCUUAUCUGAAAAGUCACGUGUUCUGAAAUCUAAACAAAAACCAUGUCAUUCAAGUAGUUUUUUGUUUUGCUUUUUUUUUCGUUAUUCGAAAAUGAAUUUGUUUCGAUUACUUCUCGCAAAAAAAAUACAUCUUGAUAGGCUGUUAAGUUUAAUGCAUUUGAUAUCAAUUUCAUUUUAUAAAUGGCGAUCAACAGAGUUUAACAUCUAAAGCGUUUAUCAAUGUAAUAAUUGUUGUUAUUGUUGAUUUUUUAUUAUGAAAACACUAUCAUACGACAUAAGCUGAGUGAACAAAAAAUAAGAACAGACUAGAAAUUUCUAUUUGGAUUCGCGAAAAGUACAUGAUCGAUACAAAACAAUGUAGAAACGUAAUAUUGUUACAUAAGUAUACUUCCUUUACAAAUAAACAUAAAUUUAAUACAUAAAUGGUAUAUAGUUUUCAAUUUCGUUUAAAGAAGAAGAAUGAACCUGACUUGAAAGUUAAUAUCUGUCAUUUCUGAAACAUUUCACCUGUACAUCAACAAAUGUUAUUUAUGCAAUACAAGAAGUUGAUAUACAUUGUAUCAAUAUCUUAUUAUUAGUACAAUGUACAUGGUUUUGAUAGAUUUUCACAAAUUUCUAGCUUGACUCUUAAGUGUACUUUCUUCGUAGUGAAGUACCACUUCACGUGUAAAUAAAUUUAGAUAUAUCAUUUGUCUUUAACGUCAACAAAUAAGAUUUGGUCAUGAAUUGUUAUCAUUAUGUUGACUGUAUGUUAAUUACAUGUAUAUAUGUAGAAAUAAUGUUAACAUUAUGUUGAUAGAAUGUUGAUAUAAUGUCGAUAAGUAUGUUGACAUUAUUCUGAUAGUUUGUUGAGAAUAUGUUGAGUACAUGAAUAUACUCUAAGUAUAUUGACAUUAUAUUAUAUUGAUAUUAUGUUGAAACUAUGUUGAGUACAUGGAAUAUGUUGUAGUUAUGUUGAUAGAAUAUGUGACAGCAUAUUGACAUUAUUUUCCUUCUAUGUUGAUAUUAUUUUGAUAGUAUGUUGAUAUAAUGUUGAUGAUAUGUUGACAUUAUAUUGAUAGUGUGUUGAUACUAUGUUGAGUACAUGUAUAUGUUGUAGUCAUGUUGACAUAUUGGCAGUAUCUUGACAUUUUAUUGACUGCAUAUUGACAUUAUGAUAAUAGUAUAUAGACAUUAUAUUGAUAGUAUGUCAACAUUAGUUUGAUAGUAUGUCAACAUUAUAUUGAUAGUAUGUUGACAGUAUGUUGAUACUUAGUUGAGUAACUGUAUAUGUUGCAGUUAUGUUGACAUUAUGUUUAUUACAUGUAUAUAUUGCAGUUGUGUAGAGUGUAGAGUUUUUUUAUAUUGUAUAGAUAUCAAGUUGACAUUAUGUGGAAAUUUUGUUAAUAUUUAUAUCUCAAUUUUAUUCUUCUUUUUAUUAUCAGUUUACGUUAAGUACUUUGCAAUAAUAUCUGCCAGCCUUAGUAAUAGCGUCGAUUUGGUAUGUUCGCUUUGUAAGUAUUAGAGCCUUGUUUCGAAUCGUAGAAAAAUUAUAUUUCCCAUGAUUUAAUUGCAUUUAACUUUUCAUUCUCAUUUUAAAACCAUAUUUUGGAUAUGUCAACCAAUGUUAUGUAAAAGCUUAGAUAGUUAAUUAUUGAUUUGUAAAUGAACACUCACGUGAUUAACAUAGAAUAUAAUCGUGCAAAAAAUCUGAAAAGAUGAAAAUUUCUGUAAUAAUUUUAUUUAUGUUAUGAUGUCAGAAAAUUAUAAGAUGACAUUAUUUUUGACAUAGAUAUGAGGGUAUGUACAUAUUAUUUUUUGCACUUGUUAACCCUAUGUACAAAUCAUUGUAGAUAUAUUACGUGCACAUUUUUAAUUUGUAUAUUAUGUUAUAUUGUUACAUAAAUCUGCAAUAUUUAACACUUGUAUUUUUAUAUUAAAUUUAUAAAAAUAUUUAGAAUUAUAACUUUUAUUUAGUUUUAUGACUUAGUAUAUGAUAGCUAAAUAAAACAAUAAUCAACUUA